GACGACGAGCCGAUGAACCUCAAGGAGCGCAACUAUACGUGCAUCGACGGCAGCUUCCAGGCUGGCCAGUACGCAGUCGGCCUCACGGACGGCGUGAUCAAGAUAGGCGACCUGGAGGUGGGCAAGCUCGUCGACAAGGUGCGCGCGCACAGGCCGCGGCCAAGGGACCUCAACAAGGCCGACAUCCAGGGCAUCAAGGCCGACUGGGACCUGAAGCAGAUCGUGUCCUGCGCAUGGGACAGGUCCCUCAUCACGGGAAGUACCAGCACCGUGCCCGUCUUCAAUUGUUAG